AUGAAGAAAGGUUCUGUUGGAGUAAAGCCCGAGAACCUUAUGCCUGUAGAUAUUCCUAGCACAUGGAAAGCGAUGGAAGCACUCUAUGAUUCGGGCAAGGCACGAGCCAUAGGUGUAAGCAACUUCUCCACCAAGAAGCUAGCUACUCUCUUAGAGUUAGCUCGUGUUCCUCCUGCCGUUAAUCAGGUCGAAUGUCAUCCUUCUUGGCAACAGACUAAGCUACGAGAGUUCUGCAAAUCCAAAGGAGUUCACCUCACUGCAUAUUCUCCAUUGGGCUCCCCAGGAACAACGUGGCUCAAGAGCGAUGUUUUGAAGAACCCUAUACUGAACACUGUUGCUGAAAAACUUGGCAAGUCUCCAGCGCAAGUCGCACUUCGCUGGGGAUUACAAAUGGGUAACAGUGUGCUUCCUAAAAGUACCAAUGAGGGGAGAAUCAGAGAGAACUUUGAGGUUUUCGACUGGUCGAUACCUGAUGACUUGUUUGCCAAGUUUUCAGAGAUUGAACAGGCUAGGUUAUUGAAUGCUUCCUUCUUCGUUCAUGAGACACUGAGCCCUUACAAGUCUCUUGAAGACUUAUGGGAUGGCGAGAUAUGA